AUGGCGGGGUUCCCGCCCGCGGCGCAGCCGGACAUCAUCCGCGCGCAUCAGAAGGACGAGGUCUACGUCCGGAUGCUGCGCGACGCGAUGCUCGACGCCGCGCGGCGGCUCGUGAGCGCGCGAACCGUCGUCCGGCACCAGCAGAAGAUCGGUCUCCUCGCGCGGCUGUGGUACCACGCGCUCACUACCGGGCUCGGGACGCAGACGCUCGGGGAGGAGUACUGCGACCUUCAUCAGACGGACGCGAUCGGCGCGGCGCCGUCCUCGUUCCGACGCGUCGCGCUCGUGUUGUUGGAGGCGAUGGCGCCGGUGGUGUUGAAGAGGGCGCGCGCGCGCGCGCGGCGCGUCGCGACGCGGCGCGAGAACGACGACGACGACGACGACGACGACGGAGACGAAAACGAGGGCGGGGCUGGAGACGUCUCCGCGGACGAGCGCCGAUCGCGCGCGGCGGACGCGGCGACCGCGCGCGCGGCGGCGUCGUCGGCGUCGCCCUCGCCCUCGUCCUCGUCCACGCCGGCGGCGGCCGCGUCGGGCGCGGCGAGAGAGGCGCGAUGGACCUGGACCCCCCCGAACGCGCGCGCGCUCCUCGCGAGAGCCCUGAGGCGCGCGGCGAGGGCGGCGGACGACGCCGCCGUGGCGGUGUUUCACCCGCCGGCGACGCGGGCGGACGGCGCGGACGAGGAUCCGACGGCGCUGAUCGACGGGUUUCUGCCUCGAGCGCAUCUCGCGGCGUUUUACCUGUGGGGGACGUAUUAUGCGUUUGCGAAACGGAUUGCGGGGGUGCGUUACGUGUUCGUCGGGCAGGAAGGCCCGGAGGGACGGCCGAGGUACGGCGUCCUCGGCGUGUUUCUCGCCGCGCGGUUAGCCGCCGCCGCCGCCGCCGCCGCCGCGGCGGCGGCGAGCGCCGCUGGAGGAUCGAGCGGCGCGGCGUUUCGCAUCAUGGACGAGCACGGGAACGACGUCGAGGUGGAAGACGAACCGGCGCUGACGGCGACGCCCGCGGGGGGCGGCGAAGAGGGCGUCGACGGCGUCGGGAUUAAAAAAUGCGCGCUGUGCCUGUCCUCGCACCGCGCGCCGACGGCGACGGCGUGCGGGCACGUCUUCUGCUGGCACUGCGUCGCCGCGUGGUGCGCGAGGUCGCACCAGCCGGAGUGUCCGAUGUGCCGCGCGCCGUGCAAACCGCAAGAGCUCGUGCGGCUGGCCAACUACUUUUAG